UCUCUCUCUUUGCAGAUCCUCCUCUUCUCGGCACAUCUGAACACAAAUCGGAUCGAAAUCUGUAUCUAACUCUCUCUCUCUCUUUCUCUCUCUCUCUCUCUCUCUCUCUGUGUAUAUAUAUAUAAAGGAGGGUGAUUGGUGAGAGAGGUGAUCAGACGCGGUUGGAUCUAUCGUAAGAGGCUUGUGUGAGCAACAAUGGCGGAAGACAAGUACAAUCUUAAGAACCCUGCGGUGAAGAGGAUUCUCCAGGAGGUCAAGGAGAUGCAAUCCAACCCUUCCGAUGAUUUCAUGAGCCUCCCUCUCGAGGAGAAUAUAUUCGAAUGGCAAUUUGCAAUCAGGGGCCCCAGUGACUCUGAGUUUGAGGGAGGCAUUUAUCAUGGACGAAUCCAAUUGCCAGCAGAGUACCCAUUUAAGCCUCCUUCAUUUAUGCUGUUGACGCCCAAUGGCCGUUUUGAAACACAAACUAAGAUAUGUCUAAGCAUAUCAAAUCAUCAUCCUGAGCACUGGCAGCCAUCAUGGAGUGUUCGGACUGCUUUAGUUGCUCUAAUUGCAUUCAUGCCCACCAGUCCUAAUGGUGCAUUGGGCUCGUUAGACUACAAGAAAGAAGAAAGGCAUGUUCUGGCAAUUAAAUCUCGUGAAGCUGCCCCAAGAUUUGGUACUCCUGAACGCCAAAAACUAAUCGAUGAGAUCCACGAAAAUAUGCUAAGUAAGGCACCCCUGGUUCCUCAACUUAAUCCCUCACAGGCUUCUGAAGAACAUUCUACUGAUAAAGAGGAUGAAGCUAACCAGAGUUCUGAAGAUGCCGCCGGUGCAGUAACUCCCGGGGAAGGGCUUACAAAUCCAGCUGUGGGUGAUAGGAUUGUUGAAGAACCACAUGAAGCUUCUUUGAACGGGAAUCCCAGACCUGAGGGUAUGGGGGUAUCUAGACAGGUUCGUGCUGGACCCACAAGUGAACAGCUCCUGCAGAGGUCGGGACCGAGGGUUCAGAAACCGGCUGAUGAUCGCUUGUUCACUUGGGCUGCUGUUGGACUUACCAUUGCUAUUGUUGUUCUUCUGUUGAAGAAGUUCAUGAAAGCUAGUGAACAUGGUGCUGUUUUCAUGGAUGGAUCAUAAAUGUGGUGGUCGUUGAUGCCGAUUUUAAUGCCCUGCUUAGAUUUUGAGGAUACUAUAUUAAAUUUUCUAUCAAGGAAUUUGUAAUAUAUCAUAAUUUGUCUUGCUCGUGUUAAUAUCAUUACUACCAAUAAUAUAAAUAUGCAACGUGCUCGCAUUUGUUAGGCUUGUAUGAGGAUUCGUAUAGGGAUUGAACAGAAUGGGCAAAGAAUGAAGUUUUAAUUAUAUGAGAAGUUCAUUUUAUUGAAGAA